AUGCUCACCUGGUUUCUCUCUCUGGGUCUUGCAGCCCCCCCCACCGUGCGGAUCGUGCACUCGGGCCUGGCGUGCAACAUCGAGGAGGAGCGCUACUCGGAGAGGGUCUACACCAUCCGUGAGGGCGAGACGCUGGAGCUGAACUGCCUGGUCACCGGCCAUCCUCGGCCACAGAUCAGGUGGACCAAAACAGCAGGAAGUGCCUCUGACAGAUUUCAAGACUCGAGUGUCUUCAAUGAAACCCUGAGGAUAUCCAACAUCCAGCGACACCAAGGAGGACGCUACUACUGCAAGGCUGAGAACGGCUUGGGUUCGCCAGCCAUAAAAUCCAUAAGAGUGGAUGUGUACUAUUUGGACGAUCCAAUAGUAACAGUCCACCAGAGCAUCGGGGAAGCAAAAGAGCAGUUUUACUAUGAGAGAACGGUGUUUCUCAGGUGCGUUGCCAACUCCAAUCCGCCUGUUCGGUACAGCUGGCGGCGCGGCCAAGAGGUAUUGCUGCAGGGGUCUGAUAAAGGAGUGGAGAUCUAUGAGCCCUUCUUUACCCAGGGAGAAACGAAGAUCCUGAAGCUGAAGAACCUCCGACCUCAGGACUACGCGAAUUACAGCUGCAUCGCCUCGGUGAGGAAUGUCUGCAGCAUCCCUGACAAGAUGGUGUCCUUCCGACUCUCUAAUAAAACAGCAUCCCCUUCAAUUAAGCUUCUUGUGGAUGACCCAAUAGUGGUGAACCCUGGAGAAGCAAUCACCUUGGUCUGUGUGACGACAGGAGGGGAGCCAGCCCCCAGCCUGACGUGGGUGAGGUCUGCUGGCAUCCUGCCCGAGAAGACGGUCCUGAAUGGUGGCACUUUAACAAUACCUGCCAUCACGUCAGACGAUGCUGGCACGUACAGUUGCAUCGCCAAUAACAAUGUUGGAAAUCCUGCGAAAAAGUCCACCAACAUCAUCGUAAGAGCCUUAAAAAAAGGACGUUUUUGGAUCACCCCUGACCCAUAUCACAAAGAUGACAACAUCCAGAUUGGGCGAGAGGUGAAAAUCUCCUGCCAGGUGGAAGCCAUCCCUUCUGAAGAGCUUACAUUCAGCUGGUUUAAAAAUGGACGUCCCUUGCGAAGCUCUGAAAGGAUGGUCAUCACACAGACUGACCCCGAUGUUUCACCUGGCACCACAAACCUGGACAUAAUUGACUUGAAAUUCACAGACUUUGGGACAUACACGUGUGUUGCGUCUCUGAAGGGAGGUGGCAUAUCGGAUAUCAGCAUUGAUGUCAACAUCUCCAGCAGUACAGUCCCACCCAAUUUGACUGUUCCUCAAGAAAAGUCACCCCUGGUCACCCGGGAAGGGGACACGAUCGAGCUGCAGUGCCAGGUGACAGGGAAGCCCAAGCCCAUCAUUCUCUGGUCCCGAGCAGACAAGGAGGUCGCGAUGCCGGACGGGGCGAUGCAGACAGAGAGCUAUGAUGGGAUCCUGAGGAUAGUGAACGUGUCCAGGGAGAUGACGGGGACCUACAGGUGCCAGACCAGCCAAUACAACGGGUUUAAUGUGAAACCCAGAGAAGCUUUGGUACAGCUCAUUGUACAGUACCCCCCCGCCGUGGAGCCCACCUUCCUGGAGAUUCGGCAAGGCCAAGGCCGGAGCAUCACCAUGAGCUGCCGGGUCCUGAGGGCGUAUCCCACCCGGGUCCUCACCUACGAGUGGCGCCUGGGCAGCAAGCUGCUGCGCACCGGCCAGUUCGACGUGCAGGACUCCACCGAGUACACCAUCAGCAGCCUCUCCCGUGACAGCUACGGCAUCUACAACUGCAACAUCAUCAAUGAAGCGGGCGCUGGCCGGUGCAGCUUCCUCGUGACAGGCAAAGCCUACGCUCCCGAGUUCUACUACGACACCUACAACCCCCUGUGGCAGAACAGACCCCGCGUCUACUCCUACAGUCUCCAGUGGACCCAGAUGAACCCCGACGCUGUGGACCGCAUCCUUGCCUAUCGCUUAGGGAUUAGGCAGGCUGGACAACAGCGUUGGUGGGAACAGGAAAUUACAGUGAAUGGAAAUAUUCAAAAGGGAGAAUUAAUUACCUACAACCUAACUGAGCUGAUCAAGCCAGAGGCAUAUGAAGUCCGUCUAACGCCCAUCACCAGAUUUGGGGAGGGGGACUCAACUAUUCGGGUCAUCAAGUAUAGUGCUCCAGUAAAUCCACAUCUACGAGAGUUCCACUGUGGCUUUGAGGAUGGUAACAUUUGCCUUUUCACUCAAGAUGACACGGACAAUUUUGACUGGACAAAACAAAGCACUGCCACUAGAGACACAAAAUAUACCCCGAACACUGGGCCAAACGCAGAUCGGACUGGCUCCAAGGAAGGUUUCUACAUGUACAUUGAGACGUCACGCCCCAGGCUGGAAGGAGAAAAGGCCAGACUUGUUAGUCCUGUUUUCAGCGUCGCUCCAAAAAAUCCUUAUGGAGCUACAAACACGGCCUAUUGUUUUAGCUUCUACUAUCACAUGUAUGGACAGCACAUAGGAAGCUUGAACGUUUACCUGCGGUUGAAAGGUCAGACCGCGAUAGAGAACCCGUUGUGGUCUUCAAGUGGAAAUAAGGGACAGCACUGGAACCAAGCCCGCGUUAAUAUAAACCCCCCAACUUCAUUUCAGCUCAUAUUUGAAGGGAUCCGGGGCCCCGGCAUCGAAGGUGAUAUUGCUAUUGAUGAUGUAUCAAUUGUGGAAGGAGAGUGUAUGAAAUCAGACCAACCGGCCAACAAUUUACGAUCAGGUGCUGUUGGGACAUUAGCGCAUAUACGACUUAUCCCAGUUAUCAUCCUCAUGUCUGUCUUAAGUCAUCAGAGGUGA